CUCCUACAUUCCACUGGUGCCCUUGCUGCUGCUGCUGCCCGGGUGUUAUAUUACUGGCUCGGGUGCUGCACAGGCACACACAUGGCAGGCUGGGGCGCGCACACACCGCUUACGGGCAUGCAGCUGACAGCGCCACUCUGCUGACACUCGGACCUCAGCGCUGGUACAAUGAGGGGCAGCAACAACAGCCACGGGAGGGGGAGGAGAGGACACUGAGGUGUAUCCCUUUCUCCAACCAGCAAACAGGAAAUCCCAUAAGUUCAGUGAAAAGAAAAGCAACUAAUGUAUCCUGUAUUCCUCUAUGGAGAAAAUCGGGUCAUCAAACUGACCCUUGUUGUGAGAGUCCAUGAUUGCUGCAUGCAGUUAAUAUUUUCGAUGAGGCAGCAAAGAGGCGGAGUAGGAAGAGAAAUACGUGUUCUUAGGAAGAAGCCUACAGAUUUGGGGAUGAGUCAUGUGUAGAUGAACGGAGUUCUGGUGACCUACGUGCAGUGUCUAUGGCAACAAGUUUAUGUAUGACCAAUUGCCCCACCCUCAUUGUAAUGGUUGGUCUCCCUGCUCGAGGAAAGACCUACAUUUCCAAGAAGUUGACCCGCUACUUGAACUGGAUAGGCGUACCAACCAAAGAGUUUAAUGUCGGGCAGUACCGCAGGGAUCUUGUGAAGUCGUUCAGGUCUUUUGAGUUUUUUCUACCAGAAAACGAAGAGGGACAGAAAGUUCGAAAACAGUGUGCCUUACUGGCUUUAAAUGAUGUCAGAAAGUACCUGGGAGAGGAAGGUGGGCACGUGGCAGUAUUUGAUGCAACGAACACAACGCGGGAGCGACGGGAGACCAUACUUAAGUUUGCUGAUCAGCAUGGUUUCAAAACUUUCUUUGUGGAAUCUGUGUGCGUGGACCCAGAUGUUAUCGCAGAAAACAUUGUGCAAGUGAAGUUGUGCAGCCCGGACUAUUUGAACUGUAGCAACGAGGAGGCCACAGAGGAUUUCAUGAAGAGGAUAGACUGUUACAAGAACUCGUACGAGACCCUGGACGAAAACUAUGACAAGGAGUUAUCUUACAUUAAAAUCAUGGAUGUUGGCCGUAGAUAUCUAGUUAACCUUGUCAUGGAUCAUAUUCAGAGCCGUAUUGUGUACUACCUUAUGAAUAUCCACGUGACUCCCCGCUCCAUCUAUCUGUGCCGGCAUGGGGAGAGUGAGCUCAAUGUCAAGGGGUGCAUCGGAGGAGACUCUGGCCUAUCUAAUAGAGGGAAAGAGUUUGCACAAUGGUUAUCCAAGUACAUCCAUGAACAGAACAUACAUGAUCUUAAGGUGUGGACAAGUCAGAUGAGGAGGACUAUUCAGACAGCAGAGGCCCUGGGUGUGCCGUACGAGCAGUGGAAAACGCUGAAUGAGAUUGAUGCGGGGGUGUGCGAGGAGAUGCGUUACGAGGAAAUUCAGGAGUCCCAUCCUCUGGAAUUCGCCCUGCGUGACCAAGAUAAAUACAGAUACCGGUAUCCAAAAGGAGAGUCCUAUGAAGACCUAGUGCAGCGUCUGGAACCAGUCAUCAUGGAACUGGAACGUCAGGAGAAUGUGCUGGUUAUUUGCCAUCAAGCUGUCAUGCGCUGCCUAUUGGCCUAUUUCCUGGAUAAGAGUGCAGACCAGUUGCCUUACCUCAAGUGCCCCCUGCACACUGUAUUGAAGCUCACUCCUGUUGCUUAUGGUUGUAAAGUGGAAGCUAUCAACCUGAAUGUGGAAGCUGUGAAUACACACAGGGAUAAGCCAGAGAACGUAGAUAUAUCCCGGCCAUCUGAGGCAGCCCUGAUUACUGUGCCUGACCAUCGUGGACCUACUAAUAUUGAAUGUUGAUGUGGACCGCUCCAGUGAAGACGCUUUGCAGACUGUACCAAAUCACUUUUAGCCAUGGGUGUGACCCAUCUCCUUUUAUUCCUCUGUUACAUUGAAGGACUUUCUGGCAGCUGAUGGAUUUAAGAAAAAUAGCAGCUAUAAGCACGACCAACCCUUUUAGCAGUGGGGCUGCAGAAACUGUUUAAUUCUGUCUCUGGUGUAAGAAUGUUUAAGUCACAAAUACUGAACAAUAUGUGAUUUUCACUUUUAUCACUCCUGUAUUUUUAUAGAUUUAUUUUUUUUCUCCGAUUAAAAUAUAGUCAUUGUAGAGCUACCAUCUUAUUAGAUGGAGUGUAAAUAAAAAGGGAAGAUUCAGCUGUGCUCUGGAACACUAGUGUGCAGUGAUGAUGUGUGCCACCAGGGGGCAGGCCUCUCUAGAGUGCUGCAUAAAGUUACCUCCUCUACAGAUUAGAUGUAUAAGUCAAGUACAGAAAAAUAUACUUAGAAAAAUAUAUAUAUUGGGUUCACAUAUGUUAAACUAUUUUGGUAUAUAAUUUAAAAGUACUUGGCACUAUUACUUUUAAAAGAAGUUGCACUACCAGGUGUGAUAUCCAACAUAAGGAGCUCCUGAAUCUAUGUAUAUUAAAUCUAGUACACAAAAGCAUAGGACACCUGGAAUCCUUGCGUUGUGUGAUGGUCU